GCGUGCGACUAGGGUUUAUCUCCUCUCGCCGCAGCCUCCCUCGGAGCCAGACAAAGGAGAGAAGCGCGAAGGCGGCGGCGGCGGCGGCGCAAGGCGAAGAUGUCGGAGAAGAAGCGCGGCGCCGGCACCCGCAAGGACGAGGUGGUGACCCGCGAGUACACCAUCAACCUCCACAAGCGUCUCCACGGAUGCACCUUCAAGAAGAAGGCGCCGAAUGCCAUCAAGGAGAUCAGGAAGUUUGCACAGAAGGCCAUGGGCACAACGGAUAUACGCAUCGACGUGAAGCUUAACAAGGCCAUCUGGACCAAUGGUAUCCGGAGUGUCCCAAGGCGAGUCCGUGUUAGAAUCUCUCGCAAGAGAAACGAUGAGGAGGACGCCAAGGAGGAGCUCUACUCUCUGGUCACAGUUGCUGAGAUCCCUGCAGAGGGUCUCAAGGGUUUGGGAACCAAGGUUGUUGAGGAUGAGGAGUAAACUUUUCAUUGUUAUCUGUCAGUUAGCGCUUAGUGCAUAUUUCCAUGAUUCCAGUCACUAUGCUGAGAGCAAAUUUGGAAGUCUUGCUUUAGCGUUUUGUUAUCUACUGUUGAUGAUUCAAGACUGCAUUUUCUUAAGCGCUUGGAAUUUUGACAUGUUUGUCAACCUUUUGGGAUAUAUACUCCAUGCUAUCGUGCUGUGAACAAGGAUCACUCUUAAGCUUAAAAAAAUGUCUGUUAGAUGCUGGUAUUGAUUUUUUGCU